CUGAUAAAUUGGCUGCUUGUGUACAAGCACUUGAAGACGGUCAGAUGGAUUUAUUCGCGGACGAUAUAACUGACAAAGAAUUCAUCAACCUUAUUAAUGAAAACAAGAAAUUAAAAUACCGCAUCAGCAUUCUUAAAAAGACUUGCGAUGGUGUCUCGGGCAAACUUGAAGUCAUUGUGAAUUGAUAUUCAGUGUUUUAAACAAGUUUGUGAAUUUUUUUGCAAGCUACAAGACAUAAGUGGUGUAGAUAAGAAACUAAUUAAAAGUUACUUAUAGACUACAGUAUUGUAGUACAUAAACUUCAGUGCUAGAGUAUUUUAAGGAGUAUUAUGACUCUUUUAAUUGGCAGUUGGAAACUUAUUUCAUAAACCUGUUUGUCUGAACUGAUAAUCAGAAGUUAGUUACUGUGAAUGGUGGUGAACAUUUACUUACAUUUGUUAUUGUUGAAGUCAAAGUCUUUGAACUUGUACUGGAGCUAUAAUGUGCGAGAUCCCUAGCAAGAGAUUUUGUGCUCUUACCAAAGAGCAUCGACCCCUCACCCCAUCUCUCGUCUCAUCCCCUGGGAGUAUAGCAAGUAUGGGCGGAGAGAGAAGCACAAAGCCACAAGAUGAUAUCUUCAGUGACCACAUGUGUAAUAUCCUGGGACAACUUGAGGAUAUUUUUAGAAAGGCGGUGCUUGUAGCCUACCCUGAUGUUUCUGACCCGGUUAUCCAGAUUCAACUCUCCAAACAUGCGGAUUACCAGUGCAAUGCAGCCAUGGCGCUAGCAAAAAUUCUGAAGAAAAAUCCACGUGAAGUUGGACAAAUGAUUGUUGAGAAUGUAGCUCCGGAUCCCAUGAUAGAAAAGAUGGAUAUGUCUGGCCCAGGCUUCAUCAACAUUGUCCUCAGUCAAGAGUUUAUAAGACAGCAGAUUACAAAUGUCAUCAUGAAUGGUGUGACUCCACCACCAGUAACACCAAAGAGAGUUGUGAUUGAUUUUUCCUCGCCCAACAUUGCUAAGGAGAUGCAUGUAGGACACCUAAGGUUAGCGUACAAUAUUUUCAUUAUAUUGUAAUGUACAGUAGAACCC